AUGGCAACAGGUAAAACCGUCAAGGACACCAACUCCAUCCGCCACACCUUUCUUAAUGAAGAGUUGAUUGAAUAUUCCGGAGACAACAAUGAGUUGUUUGUCAAAUUUAUCAACAAUGCGAGUGCAGUUACAGUCUGCUCCAUUGGUCCUGACUCUGUACAUUAUCCUGUUGCAAUAUUUUUGUGCUUCAUGCAGCACAUUCAAUACGAGAAAUCCAAGGGCUUGGUAUUCCUUUCUGACCUGCAAGGUUUGCUGAUGUGUUUGAGCAACCUCAGAUCAUGACAUCUCCG